CGUCCCCGGGCAGAGCACGCGCUUUAUCCUCGCCUGCAUUCGCGAGCAAAAGCAAAGGCGGCAGCAGCAAAAAGUAGUGACCGAGGCCUCUUUCUGUAUUUGAGAAGGUUGGCGGCGCAUUUUCAUUCCAUCCCGAAGAGGCCAUGACUCGCGAGUAUAAAGCCGGAGAGUUGAUCUUUGCCAAGAUGAAGGGUUAUCCUCACUGGCCUGCCAGGAUUGAUGAUUUUGCUGAUGGAGCAGUAAAAUCUUCAACAAAUAAAUAUCCCAUUUUCUUCUUUGGAACUCAUGAGACUGCCUAUUUGGGUCCACGAGACAUUUAUCCAUAUGAAGAAAACAAGGAGAAGUACGGGAAACCCAACAAAAGAAAAGGUUUUAACGAAGGACUGUGGGAAGUUGAAAAUAAUCCUACUGUCAAAUUUCUAGGACAACAGGGUUCUAAUAAAAGAGCUCGCAAGUUGUCAACUGACAAAGAUGCUGAAGAGGGGAAGGAAACAGGUGGUUCAAAUCUGGGAAAAGAAGAGUCUGACGUUGUCAGUUCACCAGAGUUCGAUAAGCAUAGUGAUGAAGACGCUUCUGCAAAGAAAACUGCGGUAGUGCAGACUCCAAAGAAAGGUGCCAAGAGGGGACGAAAGAGAAAGAUUGACCAAGUAGAGGUUGGUUCAGAAUCUGAACCUGAAAAACAGAGUGCCAAGCGGAAGAAACAAGCCGUUGAAGUGAAGACUCCAAAACCCAGAGGAAGGCGGCCGAAAGUAAUGGUGAUCGCUGCACGCUCAGGCGAUGAAAGUGAGAAUGAUGCUACGAACAAAGCUGAGGAAAAGAAGGCAGUCAUGGAGGAAAAGCGAAAGAAGCAACAAGAGCAGAAGAAAGUGAAGGAGGAGGAAGAGAAGAAAGAAGAAAAAAAGAUCGACAAGCCAAAAAAAGAAAUAGUUAAAAAGGAAGGAAAGAAGGAUCUCACAGAACCCAAGCGAAGGAGGAAUACCAAGACCAAGUCAACUUCGGAGUCUGAAGUGGAGGAACCAGAAGAUGAAGAAGAGAAAAGCAAGAAAACUAAGUGGGAUGCUGCUAAUAGACGCAAUCUAAUGAAAAAGCAAAAUGAAAAGGAACAGGAAGAAAAGCUUCGCAAAGUGGAGGAGAGCAAAAAAGAAGAGCAGCAAACCAAAGAGGAGAAAGAAGGAAAGAAAGAAGAAAAACUCAAUUUCAAGAAAAUAGAGAAAAAAAGAGAAAUGUCAAUGGAAUUGAGACUUCAAAAAUUGCACAGUGAAAUCAAAUUAUCACUGAAGAUCGACAAGCCUGAUGUGAAGAAAUGUAUUGAGGCCUUAGAUGAACUUGCUGCGCUCCAGGUUACUCCACAGCAUCUGCAGAAACACAGUGAACUGAUUGCAACACUUAAGAAGAUGCGAAACUACAAAGCCAGUCAAGACAUCAUGUUCAAGGCAGAUAUGAUCUACAACAAAUUCAAAUCCAUGUUCUUGGUUGGUGAAGGUGACUCGGUGAUUGCGCAAGUACUGAAUAAAUCUCUCGCUGACCAGCGGCAGCAUGAGGAAGCAGUUAAGGCACGAGAACAAGAGAAGAAAAGUGAUCAACUGGAAACUACCAAAAAAGCUGAAAACAUAGAGGAACAGCUGACUGCCACUAAAACUGUGAAUGGAGAUGUUGUAUCACAGGAUGCAGAAAAAGGCCAAUCCUUGAAACGUGCUGAGAACAAGUCUGGCGAUGAGAAAAAAAAUAAAUCUGAUGCUGCGCAGCUGCCACAAAACAGUGAACCACACCAAUCCGAUGCAUCCCAGUUGGCGAAACAACCAUCAGCCAAUACUGAGACUGGUCAGAUGGAGACAGGACCAGCUGCUGAAAGCUGAGCAGCUCCAACCUGCAUAUUGCCACCAAAUUUAAAAUGUAGCUCCUAGCACAGGUGUUGUCAGGGGGGGAAUGUGGGAUAGUGCUUUUGUUUCCCUAUUUUGUAACUUCUGAUUUGUAGACAACUUGCUAUUUAACACUGGAUAUCCAUAAAACCUCCCCCAGAAAAGCAGCAUAUCAACAAAUGAGCACGUUAGUGUUUUACCACAUAGAACUGCCGAAGCCUAGGUGUACAUUUUUUAUUUGGUUUCCUUUCCUGCCUUUAAAAGGUUUUAUAUAAUGAUUGGAGGGUGAUGGGUUCCCUUGUUUUUGGAUGUGUAUAGUAAUUCAGUGGCGUUUUUACGUUGAUAUGGUGUAUCUUUUUUUUUGUAUUAACCAGUUGAGGUCAAAUCUGCUUUAACGCCAAAAGAUCAAAACUAGUUUUGUUCCUGCAUGUUGAAUUGCAGGUAGUAUCAUAAAGAAACUUGUGUAUUUGUUUUUAUUAUGUACUUUUUUUUUUACAUUUUGCUUUGUUCUAGUAAAUAUCAAGUUUUUGCAUAACAGCAUAGUUGCUCUUUCUUUUUCUAGCACCCUGUAACGGUUCUACGUGAAGAUGUUAUUGAAUGGUUAUCGUAAACUAAGAGCUCAGAAUUGCUUCUUAUUUUUUUAUACUAGUGUGUCUUUAUAAUAGCAAAUGCUUCCACUUCAGAUGAGCCACAGAAGCGCUUCUCAUGUGUUGCAUUUUGCUUUGUCCUUCAUGAAAGGGUUUAAGCCCUAAACUUUGCUGUAAACUUGCACCAAAAUAAAUGUUUGGUUCAUUAA